AUGGCUUCCAUGACACCCGCAGUGAAAAUAGAGGCGGCGGUAGCCACUGCCCCGUGGAAGAAGAACCUUUCGGCGCAUGUUAUCUGCCCCGAAUGCAAGGAAGUGCCUCCCAACCUGGAAUUUCCUGACUCUCAUGAGACUGUCUGUGGUUCGUGCGGCCUCGUCCUUGCUGAUCGCGAGAUUGAUAUGCACUCCGAAUGGCGAACUUUCUCGAACGACGACCAAAAUAAUGACGACCCAUCCCGUGUUGGUGAUGCCAUGAAUCCGCUGCUGAAUGGAGAUCAGCUGGAAACCUCGAUCGCCAGUGGUGCAUCGGGUCGGGCUCGCGACCUUUAUCGCGCUCAGAACAAGCAAUCCAGUGAGAAGGCAAACAAGCAACUGCUUGCGGCCUACAAGGAAAUCGGUUCUCUCUGCGACGGAUUCAACAUUCCGAAGAAUGUGGCUGAUACUGCAAAGUAUCUGUUCAAGAUUCAGGACGAUCACAAGGCAUUCAAGUCCAAGUCUCAAGAUGUCAUCAUUGCCGGAUGUAUCUUCAUUGCGUGUCGCCAGUGCAAGGUGCCUCGUUCCUUUGUCGAAAUAUUCGCUGUGACCAAGGUCAGUCGCAAAGAAAUUGGUCGCAUCUAUAAGGGCCUCGAGAAGUUCUUUACAAGUCAGAACAUUGAACGCAACAAUGCCGUGGUCUCGUCUGGCGGUGUGCCCGAUCCCAAUGACACCUACCAGGCCACCACUUCCGCUAAGCCUAGCGACAUGUGCAAUCGUUUCUGUAACUUACUCGAGCUACCAUUCCAGGUUACUCGUGUCUCUUCCACUCUGGCUGAUAAGGUGACCAAGAGUGGCGAACUGGCCGGACGUUCUCCUCUAUCUAUUGUCGCCUCCUGCAUCUACAUGGCCGCUCACCUUAUGGGGUCCCCCAAGAGUGCCAAGGAAAUUUCAUUCGUCGUUCACGUCAGCGACGGAACUAUCAGACAUGCUUACAAGCAGCUUUAUGCUGCGCGGAAGACUCUGAUUGACCCUGAGUGGCUCAACGAUGGGAAGGGAGACAUGAAGAAUCUGCCCUCCAGCUAA